GUCGGACUAUGAGAGACACCAGGACGCAGCACCGGUGCGCCUGGACCGGAGGAACGGAGGAGGAGAGGAGCCCGGCACAGGGCCAGAGCAUGGGGUGAUGAGGACUAUCCUCUGCUGACCUCAAUGCAGACCACCAGUGAUGGCCACAACAUCACCUCGACAUUUGUUGGAUGACAUAAUAAACAGAGGACAAGAACAAGAACAACAACAACAGGAAGAGCAGCAGGAAUUCCUGAGCUCGCUGGAGACAAUUGUUCUCACCAUCUUUCUCUCCAUUAUUAUCAUCAUGACGGUGUUUGGCAACCUGCUGGUCAUGGUGGCACUCUGCAAGGACAGACAUCUAAGAAAAAAGAAGACUAACUACUUCAUUGUGUCGCUGGCGUUCGCUGACCUGCUGGUUGCACUGCUGGUGAUGCCCUUCGCUGCAAUCGAGCUGACCACCGGCCAGUGGCGGUACGGGGAGAUCUUCUGCCUGGUUCGAACGUCACUGGACGUCCUGUUGACUACAGCGUCCAUCCUGCACCUCUGCUGCAUUGCGCUGGACAGGUAUUACGCUAUCUGCUGCCAGCCUCUGGUUUACAGACACAAGAUGACCCCGAUCAGAGUGGCAGUGAUGCUCAGUGGCUGCUGGCUCAUCCCCACAUUCAUCUCCUUUCUACCCAUCAUGCAAAGCUGGAACGCCAUCGGCAUCGAGGACAUUAUCGAGGAGAGGCGAGCCUUGACGGGAGGCUCCAACGACACGAGCUGCGUGUUUCUGGUCAACCGACCGUACGCCCUGAUCUGCUCUACGGUGGCCUUCUACGUCCCGUUGGCCCUCAUGGUCCUGGCCUACCAGCGGAUCUACGUCACCGCCAUGACCCACGUGAGGCAGAUCGAGACACUGCAGCGGGCCGGCUCCGCUCCCGUCACCGGGACGGCCCCGGUGAUCGCCGUGAGGUCCUCCACUUCCUCAGAUCCGUCGGAGCACUACCGCUUUAGGACAACAAUGGGCUCCUCCUCCUCCUCAGAGCACGCCCCCAUAGCGAAUAGCCGCAUGCGCGUCGAGACUAAGGCGGCAAAGACGCUGGCGAUUAUAAUGGGCUGUUUCUGCCUAUGCUGGGCGCCGUUCUUCAUCACCAACGUGGUGGACCCCUUCAUCCAUUACUCAGUGCCCUGGCAGCUGUGGACAGCCUGGCUGUGGCUCGGGUACAUUAAUUCAGGGUUGAACCCCUUCCUGUACGCCUUUCUGAACCGGGCGUUUCGGAGGGCGUUUCUGGUGAUUCUCUGCUGUGGGGACGAGCGGUACGCACGGCAGGGGAGCUGCUCCUACGGACCCACCCACAGGGCGUACUCGGCUGCGUCGGUCAACGGGACGUCUAUGGCACUGAGGCUGUCGUUCCUGCCAAACAGGAGCUACAGUGACAACGGGCGGACGAUGCUGGCCAAUGAGCAGGAGUCCCAGGACUCUCUUGGACCACUAUGAGGAUGUCUUGACAGAGCUGUGACAUCAUCAGCUAAUGUGGGGGACCUUUGAGUCAGUUUAGAGACAAAGACGUCUUGGCCUCUGUGACCUCAACAGUCUUCCCUGGAUAUUCACUCAAUGAUCCAGCAUCAUCAUUGUAUGACUUUUUUAUAUAUAUAUAUAUAUACGUCUGUUGAUGCUGUCCAGGGUUAGAGGCACUAUUGCUGGCCAUCAGACAAGUGCGGAAACUCAGACUGAACUCUUGGUGAAAAGAUGAAGCAUAUUGGUGCAGAACUAAAGUACUAGUUGUAGAGUACUUGUGUCCAUGGACUGAAACACACUGCCAAUAUGUUUUCAGGCACUUGUUCUAAAACCCAAAGAACUGUUCUUCUCAGUCGAACAUCUGGAUCACAGGAUGUAAAGAUCUGUCAAAGGUCCAGCACCACAGAUCUCAGAAAACUACAGCAGACAAACUUUGGCUAACACGAUGGGUGAAGCAAGAGGCCUCUUCUGCUUUUUAACCUCUAUGAUGACAUCCCAUCAUAGUUAUAACAGCUAACUGCCAGCUGGUCACACAGGUGACUGCAGGUCUCAUUAGAUUAAAGUUCAGUUUAUUGUACAGUAGUUUGUAUUCUUGUAUUUUACCAGCAUCGACGGCACUCUGAAACUGCUGAAUGCAAUGUGGAGGUUUUCUAUUCAUAUCCUUCAUUUCAUAUUCCAUUUUGAAAUGGCUGUAAACAAAAAAAACAAAGGCCAAGGAUAUGAAAUGCAGCAUCAUAAAAAGUGUUCUAUUGUUGACCAUUGUGAUGAAACUCUUGCCAAAGCCUUUCAUGGCACAUAAAAUAUUGUUGCACUUCCCUCUGUGGGUUGAAAUUUUGAAAUGUGUUGCAUCUCUGUCCACACCCAACAGUGAUGUUGUGUUGGUUUGGUAGUGCAGCUCUACAUUACCGCAGCAGGGUGGAAAGCUUAAUUGCUAUGGAAGUUUUAAUUGGACUUUAUUAGUUUUAAGCCACAGAAGACAUUCCACAAAUGUGUACCAUG